CGCCGCUCCCUUCCCUUCCCUUCCCUGCGCCCCGGCCGGUGGCGGCGGGUGUAAAGGUCGGUCGGUCCGUCCGUCCGUCCGUCCGUCCGGCGGCGCCGCUCGCUGCCUGCCGGCCCCAUGCCCCGCGCCUAGCGCCGCCCGCCCCGGCCAUGUCCGCCGCGGAGCUCUACACCAAGUACACUAGAGUUUGGAUUCCUGACCCUGAUGAAGUCUGGAGAUCAGCAGAAAUUAUCAAGGAUUACAAAGAGGGAGAUAAAAGCCUUCAUCUGAAACUUGAAGAUGAAACUCUCUACGAAUAUCCUAUUGACCACCAAGGAAAUGAGCUGCCUUUCCUACGCAAUCCGGAUAUCCUGGUGGGAGAGAAUGACCUGACGGCCCUGAGCUACCUGCACGAGCCCGCAGUCCUCCACAACCUCAAAGUCAGGUUCCUCGAGUCCAACCACAUCUACACGUACUGUGGUAUUGUACUUGUUGCCAUCAAUCCAUACGAGCAGCUGCCAAUCUACGAACAAGAUGUCAUCUACGCGUACAGUGGCCAAAACAUGGGGGAUAUGGACCCUCACAUCUUUGCGGUGGCAGAGGAAGCCUAUAAGCAGAUGGCCAGGGAUGAGAAGAACCAGUCCAUCAUCGUGAGUGGGGAGUCGGGUGCUGGAAAGACAGUCUCUGCCAAGUAUGCCAUGCGUUUCUUUGCAACCGUCGGUGGUUCUGCCAGCGAGACCAAUAUCGAAGCCAAAGUCCUCGCGUCGAGCCCAAUUAUGGAGGCAAUUGGAAACGCUAAAACAACAAGAAACGACAACAGCAGUCGCUUUGGGAAAUACAUUCAGAUUGGCUUUGAUAAAAGAUACCACAUCAUUGGUGCCAACAUGAGGACGUAUCUGUUGGAAAAAUCACGAGUUGUAUUCCAGGCAGAGGACGAGCGCAACUACCACAUCUUCUAUCAGCUUUGUGCCUCAGCGAGUCUUCCAGAAUUCAAAGACCUUGGACUAACAUGUGCCGAAGACUUUUUCUACACUUCUCAGGGAGGCGACACGUCUAUCGAUGGCGUGGACGAUGCUGAUGACUUUGAGAAAACCAGGCACGCCUUCACCCUGCUUGGAGUGAAGGAGUCUCAUCAGAUGACCAUUUUUAGGAUAAUUGCCGCCAUUCUGCACCUAGGGAACUUGGAAAUCCAAGCGGAACGAGAUGGCGAUGCCUGUAGCGUAUCGAGCGAGGACGAGCACUUGAACAACUUCUGCGGCUUGCUGGGCGUGGAGCACAGCCAGAUGCAGCACUGGCUUUGCCAUCGCAAGCUCGUCACCAUGGCCGAGACCUACGUGAAGAACAUGUCUGUGCAGCAAGUGGUGAACGCCAGGAACGCCCUGGCCAAGCACAUCUACGCCCAGCUCUUCAACUGGAUCGUGCAGCACAUCAACAAGGCCCUGCACACCACCGUCAAGCAGCACUCCUUCAUUGGCGUGCUCGAUAUCUAUGGGUUUGAGACUUUUGAAGUGAAUAGCUUUGAACAGUUUUGUAUCAACUAUGCCAACGAAAAGCUCCAGCAGCAGUUCAACUCGCAUGUGUUUAAGCUGGAACAAGAAGAGUACAUGAAGGAGGGAAUCCCUUGGACUCUCAUAGACUUCUACGAUAACCAGCCCUGCAUAGACCUUAUAGAGGCGAAACUUGGCAUCUUGGACCUACUGGAUGAAGAGUGCAAGGUUCCCAAAGGCACCGACCAGAACUGGGCGCAGAAGCUGUACGACCGGCAUGCCAGCAGCCAGCACUUCCAGAAGCCCCGCAUGUCCAACACCUCCUUCAUCGUCCUGCACUUCGCCGAUAAGGUGGAGUACCAGAGCGAGGGAUUUCUGGAGAAGAACAGGGACACUGUGUACGAGGAACAGAUCAACAUCCUGAAAGCCAGCAAGUAUCAAAUGGUCGCAGAUUUAUUCCAAGACGAGAAGGAUGCUGCACCCACCACUUCCACGGGAAAGGGAACAUCCAAAAUCAGCGUCCGUUCUGCCAGACCAGUGAUCAAAGCUGCCAAUAAGGAGCACAAGAAAACGGUUGGGCACCAGUUCCGCAACUCGCUGCAUUUGCUCAUGGAGACUCUGGAUGCCACCACCCCGCACUAUGUGCGUUGCAUCAAGCCAAACGACGAGAAGCUCCCCUUUAAGUUUGAUCCGAAGAGAGCGGUGCAGCAGCUGAGAGCUUGUGGAGUGCUGGAGACCAUCCGCAUAAGUGCAGCUGGAUUCCCGUCCAGAUGGUCCUACCACGACUUUUUCAAUAGGUAUCGUGUUCUUAUGAAAAAGAGAGACCUCUCUAAGCACGACAAGAAGCAGAUCUGUCAGACCUUGUUGGAAGACCUCAUUAAGGAUCCAGACAAGUUCCAGUUUGGACGUACCAAGAUCUUUUUCCGUGCAGGCCAGGUGGCAUAUCUGGAGAAACUGCGAGCAGAUAAGUUCAGAGCUGCCACAAUCAUAAUUCAGAAGACGGUGCGGGGCUGGCUGCAGAGGGUCAAGUACAAAAGGCUGAGACAAGCUGCAAUCAUCAUCCAGCGCUACACACGUGGGCACCAGGCACGGAGACUUGCUGAGCACCUGAGGAGGACGAGAGCUGCCAUCAUCUUCCAGAAGCAGUACCGAAUGCUGCGGAUCCUCCGAGCUUUCCAGAGGGUCCGCAACGCAACCAUCACCAUUCAGGCUUUUGCUCGGGGCCUGUUUGUCAGGAGGAUUUAUCGCAAGAUCCUGGCGGAGCACAAAGCCACCAUCCUCCAGAAGUAUGCCCGUGGCUGGCUGGCCCGCACUCGCUUCCGCCGGGUCAGGAGUGCCACCAUCACCCUGCAGUGCUACUACCGGCGCAUGAAGGCCAGGCAGGAGCUGAAGGCGCUGAAGAUCGAGGCCCGCUCAGCACAGCACCUGAAGAAGCUCAACAUUGGCAUGGAGAACAAGGUGGUCCAGCUUCAAAGGAAGAUCGAUGAGCAGAACAAGGAAUACAAACUUCUGAACGAGCAGCUCUCUAUGCUGACGUCUGCCCACUCCUCCGAGGUGGAAAAGCUGAAGAAGGAACUGGUGCAAUAUCAGCAGAGCCACCAAGGUGAUGGCAACCAGCUUGUCAGCUUGCAAAAAGAGAUGGAGCACUUGCAGCUGGAGCUUGAAAAAGCUCAUGGUGAGAGGAAGGUCGUGGAAGACAGCUACGUUAAGGAGAAAGACCUACUGAGAAAGCGCAUAUCUGACUUGGAAGAAGAAAAUGCUCUCCUGAAGCAGGAAAAAGAGGAGCUUAACAGCAGGAUCCUGUGUCAAUCUGAAGAUGAAUUUGCACGAAGCACGGUUGAAGAAAAUAUCCAGAUGAAGAAAGAGCUGGAAGAAGAGAGGUCUCGUUAUCAGAACCUGAUAAAAGAGUAUUCAAGGCUGGAGCAGAGAUAUGACAACUUGCGGGAUGAAAUGACUAUUAUAAAGCAAGCACCAGGGCACAGAAGAAACCCAUCCAACCAGAGCAGUCUGGAGUCUGAUUCCAACUAUCCAUCCAUAUCAACCUCUGAGAUAGGAGACACCGAGGAUGUAAUACAACAAGUGGAGGAGGUUGGGAUGGAGAAAGCUGCCAUGGACAUGACCCUCUUCCUAAAGCUACAGAAGCGAGUGAGGGAGCUCGAGCAGGAGAGGAAAAAGCUGCAAAUCCAGCUGGAGAAAAAGGAGCAAGAGAGCAAGAAAUCCCAGGUAAUCGAAAUGAAGACUGAAGUGACUUCGGACCGUGAAGAUUUUGCAUACAACAGUCUGAAGAGGCAAGAGCUGGAGUCUGAGAACAAGAAGCUGAAAAAUGAACUUAAUGAGCUGAGGAAGGCUAUCGCAGAUCGAGCAACCCAGAACAACUCAUCUAAUGAUAUUCAGGACAGUUAUAACCUCUUACUGAAUCAGCUGAAAUCGGCCAACGAGGAGUUGGAAGUGCGGAAAGAAGAGGUGCUCAUCCUGAGGUCGCAGAUUAUGAAGGCAGCCCAGCAAAAAGAGACAGGCAAAAACAUGGAGAGCAUCAGCACCAAUGCCAACUGGCCGAACAGUGACAAGCACGUUGAUCAAGAGGACGCGAUUGAAGCCUACCAGGGGAUGUGCGAGACGAACCGGUUACUGGAAGCACAGCUCCAGGAUCAGAGAAGAGAGUAUGAGGAGGAGGUAGAAGCCCUGAAAAACCAGGUGGAUGCAAUGAAAGAAGAGAUGGAGAAACAGCAGCAGGCUUUCCUGCAAAACCUGCAGCUGUCUCCAGAGGCCCAGGUGGAGUUUGGACUUCAGCAAGAAAUUACACGUCUCACCAAUGAAAAUCUGGAUCUUAAAGAAUUGCUAGAGAAGUUGGAAAAGAAUGAAAAGAAGCUGAAGAAGCAGCUGAAGAUUUACAUGAAGAAGGUCCAAGAUUUUGAAGCAUCCCAAGCCAUGGUACCAGCGGAGAGGAGGCGGCACGAGCGUAACAUGCAAGUCGCUGUCCAGAGAAAGGAGAAAGAUUUUCAGGGCAUGUUGGAAUAUUAUAAAGAAGAUGAGCCACUCCUCAUCCGAAACCUCAUUACAGAUCUCAAGCCCCAGGCAGUGUCUGCUACUGUUCCCUGCCUUCCCGCCUAUAUCCUCUACAUGUGCAUCAGACACGCGGAUUAUAUCAACGAUGACCAGAAAGUGCACUCCUUGCUCACCUCCACCAUCAAUGGCAUUAAGAAAGUGUUGAAGAAACACAAUGAUGAUUUUGAGAUGACGUCGUUUUGGCUGGCAAAUACGUGUCGCCUCCUGCACUGUUUAAAGCAGUACAGCGGAGAUGCGGGUUUCAUGACACAAAACACGCCUAAGCAGAACGAGCACUGUCUGAAGAACUUUGACCUGACCGAGUACCGCCAGGUGCUGAGCCACCUCUCCAUCCAGAUCUACCAGCAGCUCAUUAAGAUAGCAGAGGGCGUACUCCAGCCCAUGAUCGUGUCUGCAGUGUUGGAAAAUGAGAGUAUCCAAGGGCUUUCUGGUGUUAAGCCGAUGGGCUACAGGAAUCGCUCCUCCAGCAUGGCAGAUGGUGACAGCACCUACAGCUUAGACUCAAUAAUUCGCCAGCUGAACACAUUCCACAGCAUCAUGUGCGACCAGGGUCUGGACCCAGAGAUCGUGCAGCAGGUCUUCAAGCAGCUCUUCUACAUGAUCAACGCGGUCGCCCUGAACAACCUCCUGCUGAGGAAGGAUGUCUGCUCAUGGAGCACGGGCAUGCAGCUAAGGUUUAACAUAAGCCAGCUGGAGGAAUGGCUGCGUGGGAAGAAUCUGCAGCAGAGUGGGGCGGCACAAACUUUGGAGCCCUUGAUUCAGGCAGCCCAGCUUCUGCAGCUGAAAAAGAAAACCUCGGAAGAUGCCGAGGCCAUCUGCUCCUUGUGCACGUCGCUCACGACACAGCAGAUUGUAAAGAUACUUAAUCUCUACACUCCUGUGAAUGAGUUUGAAGAACGCGUGACAGUAGCUUUCAUACGAGACAUACAGAUGCACUUGCAAGAGCGAAACGAUCCUCCGCAGCUGCUGUUAGACUUCAAGCACAUGUUCCCAGUUUUGUUUCCAUUCAACCCAUCCUCCAUAACCAUGGACUCGAUUCAUCUCCCUGCUUCUCUCAAGUUGGAAUUUCUCAAUAAAGUCUGAAGAAAGUAUAUUUAAGCCCACCUCUCCUACCCAGAGAGCUCCAGCGAAGAAAAGAAAAUCACAAAUGGGAUUUAAGGAGCUUUUUAAAUAUGGACCAAACAGGUUUAUGGAAGAACCAAUACACAAUAAUAAACGGAUGCUAAACUGUACAGUAAAAAAGAGACUGAUCUGUAUGUGAUUUUUUUGGUAAUUUGCAGCUCAGAAUAAGGAUACUUGAAAUGUAGAUUUAUUUUUUACUGCCUGAUUUUUACGUUGACAUAGUUCAAUGCCCAUAAUCAUCUCCAAAAACCACUAACAAAAAAAAAAUGGUGAGUGGGAGACAACUUUGAUCUUCACAGGUGUCUAUGAAGAAAUGACAGUUAAAUGAAAACCAGAAUCUGAGACACUUACACUGCCUCGAAGGACAUGCAAUUUGUCUAAGACCUAGGCGGUUUGGUAUGUAUUAAUAAGGGGACAUGCAAUUCUGCCUCUUGUUCUCGCUAGCAACUGUCACGAUAGCGAGUUCAGAAAGCAAACUGCAGAAGGUGCAAUACGUAUUUAUCGUGCCGGUUAAGGUAACGGGCUUGGCCUUCCACUGGCGUGGAAUUUAUCACCAAUUCCAUGUUUCAGAUGUGCUAUUGCUCCUCCUAACUACAUCCACGGCACCUGCUUCAUGGGCAUUCCAAUAAAUUGGCAGUUUGGACUUUCUUCCUUACCAAAUUUACAUUAGUGACUCGCAAAGGUUUUGUCCUAGUGAAAUAAUCUCAAGACAAAGGCCUUUAGGCCUCCUGCUUUCUAGUACAGGUGAGGAUCACCCUGAUCCCUGCUGUUGGCUUUCCCUGUGCUUUUAAAAGUCAAAAAGCUUUCAUCCCAUGGCAAUUGAGGUUCUGAGACCUCUUACAUGGCCUGUAUCGGAAUCUCAGGCAGAGAUAAGACAUGCUAAGGCAGCCCAGUUUAAUCAUCGGGUCCCCGGUCCUACCCAGGUCAGUGGGUUAGUCCUAGCCACAGCAUUCCAUGGGAAAAAACGCAUUCAGUUCAGUGGCCAUCCGGAAUUUUACCAGUUGUGAAGGUACAGCGCUCAGAUAAAUGAAGAAUACUUACACAAAAAAAAAAAGUUUUAAACCAAAAGGGAAUGGAUAAGCAAGGAAGUGUUUUCACACAAAAAAAAUUGUAAGACAGUGUGUUAGUCGUGUAAGCCAUUUCUUUUAAGAGUGAACUCUUUGUCUACAACAACCUGAAAUGAAUAAUUGGUUUUGUCGAAGCAGAUCUUAACUGCCCUGCUUUGGGGGUUGCAGCUCCUGAAGUCUUGGCAAUUCCACAAUGAUUAAGAGCUUUCAGGGGAAAAAAAAAACCAACAAAACUCUCUCUGCAUCCAACUAAUUUUAAAUCAUAUCCAAACGGCAAAUUUAGGAUCAGGUACCCUGUCUGCUCAGAGGAUUAAAAUAGAAUGUGAAGUCUAAAUCCCACCAUGUUGCAGUCACCUCUUUAGAUAAGGUGUUUUGAUUCAAACAUCAUGUACAUAAUCUAUGUAUAUACAAACUGUAUUAGUCCUGUAUGUACUAUAUCUGUAUAUUACUGACCAAAAGCACAUUUUUAGAGAAAAGGUUGCGUGCGGUGAAGAAUUAAGUUGGCCUAAGCCAGUGGGUAAAUACCUUGUUUCAAAAGGACAGUGGUUUCGUGCGGCUGUUACCGGUGAAGGGCAGAUUUAAGGCCAUUCCCUAGGGAGAAUUUCUCUUUUCCCCUAAGUGUCACCCAACUAAUUGUAGAAGAAAAUGAGUUGCUUGCACAGUACCAGCACUACCUCCAAACGACGGUCCCUGAGCGUUUGCUUCUACGGCGAAUAUUCAGUAGUGCCUUUGUCUCCCCUUCAUAUCCCAUACGGAUAACGCCACCAUUUUGCUGUCUGUGCCCAGCAAGCCCACGCUCUUCUGUCACUUGCCCAUCUACAAUAUUUUUAUUUAUUGUACCUACCUCUUUUCACAUCUUGCAAGUGAAUGUUUUUGCAGUGCUCUGAAUUUAAUUUUUUUUCUUGUAUCUUAUCCCUUUUCUUCCACACUGUAGUAGUCAUCGCAGUUUAAAAAUAAAAAAAAAAUCAAUUUGAAGGAGAAUUUGGUCUUUCUGUGAGGCGGUUUUAACAUAGAGCUAUUCCUCAGAAUUCUUCUUAGGCCAGCAGGUUCCCCUCAGGCAUUCAGGUCUCUACCUCUCUCUGAUGUCAAUUAUUCAGAGCAAAAUUCCCAACAGGUGGAUUAAACCAGUGCUUAUCGUUCAGACUAAAUGACAGGUUGCCGCAGAAUCCUCUUCCGCAACGAUUUUGUUGCUGAUCACAGUUAUAAAACGUGGUUGAUGGUCUUCUAGGGGAUGAGGGUCUUUCACUGGCGUUUUCAGGAUCAUAAUUCAUAUGUAUCACAAAGAGACUUUCUUAAAAACUCUUGGUACAUAUAGAUGGGAAUUGGAAUUUCAUGUCUCUGUCUGCAGUAAUAUAGUUUACCCACUAAAAUCUAUCCGGAAGAGGACUCUGUAUGAAAUAUCUGUAAUGUGUUAUUUUUUCUGUUAGCAAUUUUAAAAAUUUGUUUUUAAAUGUUAAUUUUGUUGAAUUGCUGUGCUGAAGCACGCCUUUCUUUUCUCAGAUUGUCACUUCUUUAGUUAAAAAGCAAAUUUAGCACAAAGCAUGGCUUUGAGAAAGCUGGCUGUUUUCCAGACCUGUCUUUAUUUUUAAAUAUUGAUUAUUAAGUUGAGUGUUUUCCCACUGAGUGCCUUUAGCUGUUACUAAGGUAACUGACUUCUCAACUGCUGUUUCUCUGAAACAAGCGUUAAAACGUGGGAAUAUUUUUCUUGUUCUGUCCUUAAAACUUGUCUGUGGAUUAGUAAAUUUACUUAUAAAAUCUCACUCUGAGGUCUGCAAAAACACUUUGAAGUUCCUCAGAAAAAGCCAACACUAACCCAUGCUGAUUUUUUGCAUGUAUAAUGUAUCUCAGAAAAGCACUAUUGGGAAUAAAGAAAAAACAAAAAUGAAACCCCCAAAAACCCAAAUCACACAAACCAUCACCACGAAACCAACGCUUCAAACGCGAGUUCAGGCACGUGCUGGCUGAGCUACGAAAAGCAUCCAGAACAACCGAUGCGCUCCAUUUUCACCAAAAACUUGCUCUGAUUAUUUUUUCUUUUCUUUUAUUGGCAUUUUGUAGCUGAGGCUGCUUAUCUUUUGGCUGGUAAAGCUGUUGUUGUAGUUGACUGUAGAAGAGAACGUGAGACCUCAAGAUUGAAUUUAUGCAAUCCUACAGUAUAAACCUUUUUUUGCUCAUACAACUUAUUCCACUUUAUUUAAACAGACUUUCUUGUAUGAGUGAAAAAGUGACAAAACUGUGGGUGUGUUGCAGAGUUUAAGCAUACGUAGUGGCCACCUUUCCCGAUACCGCAGCUUCAACACCGCGAUCACGAGCGUUUGCGAGAUACGACCCUCCGUUUUGUGUCAUUUGCAAAAGGUACAAGUGACAGACGCGCUUGAAACAACAGGUUGUUUUCCUCAAUUUUCAACACUAAAUGAACAAAACUGUGCAAACGUGGUCUGUCAGACCAUAUUUGACUGAAAAAUUAGCAUUUUGUCAUUGCAUAUAAAUAUAACCUAAUUAAAAUGAAUUGCAUGAACUGUCUCGAACAUGUUCCCUCCAACUUUAUUGAUUCACAUAUAUUCAUGAUAGAUCAAUUUUGUUUUUCUUGAAGGAAGUUCUAGCAACGUAGAUGUUAAGUAAAACAACCCAGAGGACAUAUUCCCCAAUGCAUAUACAAUUUAUUUAAAAAUGUAAAUGCCAGUGGGCAAAAACUUUCAAAUUAAGCUGAAAUUAGAAAAAAGCAAAUUAUCAAAAAAUGUGCUACUACAGUGCAAUGUCUGUUUUGUUUGUUUGGGGGUUUGGAGGGGGUGUGAAGCCUCAUUACCGUAACAAGCAGAAGGAAUAGCUGCUCUCAAAGAAGUUGAAUGACAUACAGGAGUGAAUUCUGUAGACUAAAUACUACUGGUUAUAAAAUAUUUUUCCAUUUUGAACAAAUCUGUAAACUACACCUUUGUUUAUAGAAAAAUGCUUGUAAUAGUCACUGUAAUAUUCAGCUGUGGAUAAAAACAAUUGUGAAAUAAACACUUUUGAAGAAA